AUGGACGCUCCAACAAAGGGCACCUUCCGCCUUGCGGGGCGUGAGUUCCCAAAGGUGACCUGGUACACGGAUCCAUCGUUGCGGAGGACUUAUCUAUGCUUGAUGCUGGUGGUGAUCACCGCUGCCACCAACGGAUACGAUGGCUCAAUCGUCAACGCCCUUCAGACCAUGCAUCCAUGGCAGCACUACUUCAACCACCCUCACGGCGCGAUGCUAGGACUCUUCACCUCUAUCAUGGCUGUCGGUUCGAUUGUGGCCAUUCCGUUCGUGCCCUACAUCGCUGAUGGACUCGGGCGUCGAUGGGGAAUCAUCAUCGGCUGCUUGAUUAUGAUUCUUGGUGUAAUCCUCCAGGGCAUCAGUAUCAACUUCAAGAUGUUCAUCGCGGCUCGAUUCUUCCUCGGCUUCGGUAUUGCAAUCGCACAUGGUGCAUCACCUCUUCUCGUCACCGAGCUCGUGCAUCCUCAGCACCGCGCCACUUUCACGACGAUCUACAACACCACCUGGUACUUUGGAUCAUUCUUGGCCGCCUGGCUCUGCUACGGGACAUCGUUCAUGCACACCAGCAACUGGUCCUGGAGAACGCCAUCGAUCAUCCAAGGCCUGCCAUCGAUCAUCCAGCUCAUCUUUGUAUGGUUCAUACCCGAGUCUCCUCGCUGGCUCAUCGCCCAAGGCCGCUCCGAGCAAGCCCACCAGGUCCUGGCCAAGGUCCACGCCAACGGCAACAUGGAUGACGAGGUCGUCGUGCUCGAGCUGCAGGAGAUCAAGGACACCAUCACCCUCGAGAAGGAGUUCGAGGGCAACAGCUGGAAGCAGUUCUUCAAGACCAAGGGCAACCGCCGGCGGUUGCUCAUCCUGGUGACGCUUGGUCUCUUCUCCCAAUGGUCUGGCAAUGGAAUCGCAUCGUACUACCUCAACCUCGUCCUGAAGAACGUCGGCAUCACCGCUACUUCCACCAAGCUGGUCAUCAACGGUUGCCUGCAGAUCCUCGACAUCAUUGUCGCCGUCGGCCAGUGCUUCGUCGUCGACAAGGUCGGCCGCCGCACUCUGUUUUUGGUCGCAACUGGCGGGAUGCUUGCCACCUUCAUCGUGUGGACUGCCGCUGCGGGCGAGUACACCGAGCAUCACAACGUCGCCUGCGGCCACCUCGUUGUCGCUUGCGUCUACAACAUGGCCUGGUCCGGUCUCCUUGUCGGCUACGCUGCCGAAAUCCUCCCCUACUCCCUCCGUGCCAAGGGCCUUACUAUCAUGUUCCUCAUGGUCGACUGCGCGCUCUGGUUCAACCAGUUCGUCAACCCAAUCGCUCUUGAGAACAUCGAGUGGCGAUACUAUAUCGUCUACUGCGUCUGGCUUCUCAUUGAGUUCUGUGUGGUCUACUUCUUCUACGUGGAGACACGAUACACUCCCCUCGAGGAGAUUGCGAAGCACUUUGAUGGUGACGACGCUGUCGUCGGUGGUGCUGAGGCGACGCACAAGGCCAAGGAGAUGGCGGCGGAGGUUGGGGGGCUGGAUACGGUUGAUAUGAGCGAGAAGCAGCGGAAUAUUGAGCAAAAGGAACUGUAA